AUUUGAUGUUUAAGGUUUCAGUGCAAAGCUUAAAAUGGUUGAUCAGCCCGGCCAAAUAGAAUUUAACUUUCAUGACAAUGUGUACCAGAAUCUAAAUCUGGUAUCUGGAUUGUUUAAUUAUGAAUAGGCGGCGUGGCGGCGGGGUGGAGAGUUAGUCUCCACCAGCAACAGCACCAGCAGCCACCCAGCGCUACCAACCAGAAAUUGGUGUGCGCUCGUAUGUGUGCAUAUUGUGUUCUUGGCAUAUGCAACGGUGCAUCGAUGCGCAUUUCAACUAAGGACCGUGUAAAUUAUUCAACUUAGCUACCGUGACUGUGAUGUCAGACUACAUAUCAAGUGCGGAUCUUCCAACUUUGGAUUGUAUUACCUAAAGUGGCUAAAAAACACUUGCCAAAUGCACACAAAACCGCACAAUGAUACUCGUAUAAACAUAUCUAACGAAUGCCUAACAAGCUAGACGAAGAUUCCACACCAACUUUGUCCAUACGGCCAAUCUUUCGAUAUGUUGAAGUUAUAUACAGGAACAGCCAUAUCUUUUUUUUUCCACAUUUUUUUUUUCUGUUUCUUCUCUGUGUAAAAAAAGAUCGGGAUGUUUUUUUUUUACGACCAACUUUAAUUGCUAAAUCACAGUCGGGGAUUAGUGUUACCUUACGGAUUUUAGAAAUAGAUUUAUAUAGAGAAGGUUGCUCCUAUGCAUAGACAGCAAUCACAAUGAAUAAUAACGAUCAUGAACAGGAGUCACGAAAGCUGUCCCAGUAUGAAGCAGGUGGAGGCGGCAACAACAACAACACCAGCAAUGCCCUCCACAAUCCAUCAAUGUCGGGUACCGACAGGGAUCAACUGACGGAUCAUCCCGAACAUAACUCACAAUACGGAAAUAAUCACCACGACAGAAACGACAACUAUAAUCAUGCCAGCGGGGGCCCCAAUUUCGAACACCCGUCACCAAAUUUCAUGGAUUCUCAAUGGGCUAAUAGUUUACUUAUGGACCCCGGAGCUUCAGAUUAUUUGUACAACAUCGACUUGGCAGCUGCCGCUGCCGCAGUCUCAUCGUCCACGACCACCACUAACAUAAGCACAAAUGCCAUGGCUCCCAGCAACCCAAGUUCAAUAAUGCAAAGCAUCCAAUAUCAACAUAACAUACAACCGGAGGGCCAUCAACUACCGAAUGAUCAUUUUGAUAGUAUGAGGGGAGUUCCCGAACGAGUGACUAGUGCCGCCAGUGAUUCAAAUGCUUCAGACAGCUCAAAGGCAAAGCAACGUCGUCCAUGUGAUCAAUGUCGGAGAAGAAAAACCAAAUGUGUGAUUGUCCCCAAUACCAACAAUUGUGUCCAAUGUGAAGCAAAACAGUUGAGCUGUACAUACAAUAAUAACAACAACAACAACAAUAAUAAUAAUCAACAAAUAAAGAGGAAACCAAUAGAUAUGGAUGCAGUGCAAGUGAGCAAUGAAUCAUCGCAAAAGAGACCAAGAAGUGACUUAAAUCCCAAUCUUGCUAUAUUAGCAGGUGAUACUCCAAACUCCGUCAUACAGACUCCUGGUGAAUAUCCAAGCAAUCCAUUGGCAAAGAAGAAGGCAACUUUGCAGUUCCCCAGAUCAAGUUUUUACGUUGGUCCAACGUCAUAUUUGUACGAUGUCAAUUUACUUAAUUUAAUCAUGGACUCACAAACCACCAGUGCCAAGGGCACCAAAGUCGAACAAUUACAUAUAAACAAUUCAAUAUCCCUAAGAAAAGUCAGCGAUAAGGUACAGUUUCUUCUUAAAGACGACCAAUCACCGCAAUCAUACCAAGCAAUGUCCAAUGAUGUAGACACAAUUGAAAAAUUAGUAUCUCCUCACGGACAGGUAUUGAUUGACUUAUACUUUAGAAUAAUUCAUCCAUCAUACCCCAUAAUCCACAAGAAAGUUUUCUUAGAAAAGUAUUCCCGAACCCACCGUGAAUUCAGUGCUCCAUUAUUAGCAGCUGUUUACGUCUUGGCUAUCCAAUGGUGGGACUACGACCCACAAUUAAACCGCUUCCCUAAACCUAACGUGGAGAUCAUUUUGAAAAUCGGGUUGAACAAUUAUUUACAAGAGAUUUUAAAACGACCUAAAUUAAGUGCAGUACAGGCUGGGUUAUUACUUCUUCAAUGCAAACAUAUAACCAACGAUCAAGCCACGCAAAACCCGCCUGGCAAUCAAAGUCCCACCAGCUUCCCCAAUCGAGACAUUAACUAUUCUGAAUGGAUAUUGUGUUCUCAAGUUGUAUCAUUAUCAGAAGAAUUGGGGCUUGGAUUGGAUUGCCAUAAUUGGAAAUUACCCAAGUGGGAACGAGGAUUGCGGAAACGAUUAGCGUGGGCCGUUUACAAUGAAGAUAAAUGGUUGGCGUUGAGAUGCUCUCGUCCAUCGCAUAUCCAUGACAAUAAUUGGGUGGUUGAUCCUUUAAACGAGGAGGAUUUCCCGGAUGACGGAGAUAAAGAGGGCUCUACAGAUACUGAAAACGGUAAGAAGAUAUUUAUGAAUUUAAUUGAGUUGGGCAAGAUUUUGUCCGAUAUGCUUAAUCAUUUAUACUCCAUGCGAGCCAUGAGUGAAAUAACUGAAGUUAACCAGGUGCUCAGUAUUGCCAAACCUUUACAAUUAAGACUACGGAAUUGGUAUCAUUCGUUACCGGCCGAAUUGCAAAUGGCAUCAGUGCAACCGAGAAAGUUGUGUCUGAAUGGAUAUUUGCAACUUGCAUACUUUUCCACAGAAUUGACGUUGCACAGAAAGAUUAUAACUGUGAUUUAUCAACAAACCAAGAAUGGACUGCCACCACCUAUGGAGUUAGUCAAUGUGUGUCGAGGAGCAGCCAAGACGAGAAUAAUGGCGUCGAUUGAGUUUGUUAGGGAUUUAAAGCCUGAACAUAUCCAUUCGUUCUGGCAUUCUUUCUCGUCAGCUAAUUUUACGUUGAUUGGAAUAUUUGCUACGAUAUUGUUUAUGUCGGCACCAACUAGAGAAGAGUCUAAUUUCUAUCGAGAUCAGAUUUUCAAUUAUAGAUGGAUCUUAAAGAUGUCUUCUAAGGGAUUUGACCAAGCUGCUGAGUCAUUGACGGAGUUGGAUUUGAUAUUAAGCCGUUUACCGGGAUUCAAUGAUAAUGGGGAAAUUAUGAGCAAUGCUUCUGAACAAAGACAACAGUAUUAUGAAUUGCCACAGGACCAACACCAACAACAACAACAACUUCCACAGAACCCUGCCAUGACGUUUCCACCACCCAGAUCAACACCAAGUACAUACAACGGCAAGACUACACCUCGAAUGAGAAUGGCUCCGCAAUUAGAGUCCAACGACUCGACUAACCAAUCACCUUAUAACUCACCUCAAAACUAUUAUCCUGCCACAAACUCGCCUCAUAAUCAACAACCACAAUCCAAGGGUCUGUUUGCUCAUUCACCAUUAACAAAUGCUCUUUCACCCAAGGAGGUUAUCAAACAACGACAAGUGCUGAAUUCAAGAACAAGCAGUAUUGUCAAUGAACAUAAUACGCCAGGAAGUGUACAAAGUGGCAACACCCCCAAUACACCCCAUCGAGGAGAGGCUUAAGAGUAUAACGAAUUCUUGUUUAUUUAAACUAUGUAAUAGUAAUGUAAUAAUACUAAUCGAAAGGAAUCAAGAACGACUCAGCAAUCACUCUAGCCCUUGCAUUUAAAAACAACUUCAUUUCACUGAUUUCUUUAUCCACGUCCUCCAUGAAUUCUAUAAUGAAAUCGACCAAUUUGUCCUUCAACAUUUGUUCGGUGUGGAAAUUGGUGAUCAAGAAUGAAAUAUCGUAGCCUUUGAUUGGGACUCUUCUCAAAAUGAAAAAGUUUUCUGCUCUGGAAGUCAAGAAUCUUGUGAAUUGAUGAACCAAGAUUUGUUCAAUUUCAUCGGCCUGUUUGAUUUUGAUCGAGAUUCUCACCGAGUUGAUUGAAGGCUCAAUUAAGAUUUUUUCAUUUUCGUUUCUGGCAAUCACCAUGGGGUUCAAGAUCAACUCGGGGUCAUGUGAGUUGUCAACUUCUAUUUCAGGUCGGUUGUGUCUUUCUACUAAUUGCGACGAAAAGUCUUGUAAACAAAUGGCUGCAGUUAAUGAUGCUCUUACGGCGGUUAAAUAUGGUUUUAACGAUUGGGCAUUGUUGGGAUGGUGAUAGGUUGAUUGUAUUGUUGUUGGCGUCUUU